AUGUAUCGCGACAUUUCCAAACCGCCACCUCCGCUACCGUCACCGGAUUUGACCGCGUUGGACGAGGGCAUUCACCUUCUUAAACCCUUGUCCCGGCGUGGUGAGGGACCUGGCCUUAUUCUCGUCACCCCAGACUACGUCGGCCAUUUAACAAUUACCAAUGGCGUCCCGUCGCCUAUUUUGAAAUGGGCAGAGGAGGGAUAUGUCGUCGCCGAGGUGCAGGAAUCAGCGUUGCGGCGUCGAGGCGGCCAAGCCAUCACCAUGGCCCUCGAAGCGAUUGCCACGUGCGACAAGUGCAAUUCACGCCCGCCAGAGGCAUGGAAAGUCGUGGCCCCUACACUCGCUCAAUUCGAGCAAAUUGUCGGCGCAGUUGUAUACAGCCGCGCCGGCGACGAUGAUCCGGCGUCGGCAUCUAUUCCGGUUCUGCAACACCUCGCGGGUCCCGGUGACAAUUCUAGGUCGCCUUGUUUGACUGUGUAUUUCUAUCCUACCGCCAAACCAGGCUUUGCCGUGCCCUCCCAUCCCAACUUCCGCUACAACGCCGAGUCGCUCUCGCACACGCGAAAUCUCACGUUUCUCAAGCCCCUCAUGAACGGGCCCUACUUUGACCUUGAAAAAAUAUGGGACGAGCACACGUAUUAUGAGUUUGCGGACCGGUCGGUAGAACAUACGAUGAGUACCAUGGUUGCCGAGCCAUAUGUGAACCACGUUCCUACCUUGACGGGCGGCAUUGGACGCGAGCGCCUCACAGAGUUUUACCGCAACAACUUCAUCUUUUGCAACUCUGCCAACACACACCUGGAGCUUACGAGUCGCACGGUAGGACUAGACCGCGUCAUUGACGAGUUUAUAUUCAAGACGACGCACGACCAACAAGUCGACUGGCUGCUUCCGGGCGUUCCGCCAACCGGGCGGGAGCUCGAGAUCCCCUUUACGGCCGUUGUGAAUAUCCGCGGCGACAGGCUCUACCACGAGCAUGUUUCUUGGGACCAGGGCACGGCGCUGAGGCAACUAGGUUUGAUGCCGGAGUAUUUGCCGUUUCCGUAUGCGCUCCCGGAUGGGAGGGGGCCGGCUGCCGGCAAGAGGUUUGAGUACAAGGUGCCUGUGCUUGGGGUGGAAACGGCGAAUAAGAUGCGGGAUAAGAAUUCUGUAGAGUCGAAUGGAUUAUUUGGAGGGGAGGUACGGGAGGUUUCGAUUUAG